AUGUUUCAAAGAAUAAAGGGCGCAAUCGACCGGACCAUAGCAGAGGAGCAGGCGCGGCAAAAGACCAUAUCCGAGAGCACCACAUCGUCGAGGUCCGGGUCCGCGUCCUCGCGCCGCAACGACGGCCUCGCCACAGCCAAGCGCCACUCGCGGUCCAAGAAGCCGUCCACGGACGCGUCCGACUCUGCCCCCAACCCCGACCCGGCCGUAUUCGAGGCGGCUUUUGUCAUCGACGACAGCGACGAGCCGAGCCGCACCGCGUCCCCUAAACCGCCCCCGCCCCCGGCCAAGGACGACGACACUGCCCCUGCUGCAGCGGUGCAAGACAAGACUGAGGAGAAGAAGCAGGAUGCGGUCGAGGAAGACGAAAACGCACCACCCACGCCGGCGGCCGAGGAACUGAGCCCGGAAAUCAAGCAGCGUUUGCGCAAAUUGGAAAAGCUCGAGGCGACAUAUCCGGAGCUGCUCCGGUCCUAUCGCGUCGCCCACAAGCGUGCGACUGCCAUUGAGCCCUUUGAAAAGGCUCUGCGUGAGAUCACGCCCCUCACCUCCAUAAGCGACCCGGACGCCUUGAUCGAGUACCUCAACCAGCUCAAUCUGCGAGGCGACAUGGUCAUGGAGGAGCUGAAGAGAGUUUCCGCGGACAAAGACGAGCUCGGCAAGAAGCACCAGGAGGCGCAAGACAAACUGAGCAAGUUGGAAGAGGAGCUCGACGCCCUCAAGGCCGGCAAGCCCACAGAGCCUGCGGCGGAGGAUGGUAUCAAGUCUAAGGCGGUGGGAGCUGCAGACGGCGAUGAAAAGGGGCCUGAGAAGAUGAAGUCGCCCGUCGCGUCCGUCUUCAGCAUGCUGUCACCCAAGCAAAACGUCCAAGACGACGACGGAACCCAGGGCAAGUCAGAGACUGAGGAUCUCUUCUCCUACGACGACGAGGUCCCGCAGCUUCAAGCCGACAUCGCGGCGAAGUCUGGCGAGAUUGAACAGCUCAAAAAGGAGAUUUCUGACCUGAAGACGGAGCUCUUGACUGUCAAGGAGGAUAGCGCGGGUCUGGCAACGAGGCUGGAGUCUACGACCCAGGAGCUGAGCGAGGCGCGCGACACUGCUGCUUCGCGCGCGUUCAUGCAGUCGCAGCUGGAUGCGAGCAACGAGGAGAUUGCGCGCCUGACUGGGCGGCUCGACAAGUCUCAGGCCCUGCUCAAGGACCUCGAGGACAAGGCAGACAAAGAGAUGGAGGCUGCCGCGUCCAGGGUCCGGGAGACGGAGACGGCCUUGGCGACCUCGGACAAGCGAGCGGCAGAGCUGGAUGCCGAGCUGGCCAAGGCCAAUGCUGCAAAGACCGUCUCCAAGAAACUCAUCGAUGAACUCAGCGCUCAGAUCCAGGGGCUCAAAAAGGAGAAGGAAGAGGCCCAGGUUAAGAUGACGGAACUCUCCAACAAGCUCCAGAAACAGCCAGCCUCUACAACCCCACCGGCCCAGCAACUUGCCGCGUCUGCCCCCGUGGCGGCGGGCGGCGCCUCGAAGAAAAAGGGUAAGAAGAAGAAAGGCAAGGGAGCCGCUGCUGGCGCACCCGCGGCCUCGGAUGAGGCGGCAGGCGAGGCAGUGGCGUCGACAGCGGACUCGCCUCGCCCGGACGAGUCGGCCGCGGCGACUCUCGAGACGGAAAUCUCCAAGCUUAAGGAGGAAGUCAAGGACAAGGACGCGCAGAUUGAGCGGCUCUCCACGAAACGCAAAUCCGAGGAAGACUUGCGCGACGAGAUUGAGACGCUGCAAGAUAAUCUGCUCACCAUUGGGCAAGAUCACGUCGAGGCUAAAGAAAAGAUCAAGGAGUUGGAAGCGGAGAAGGCGUGGUUGAAGAAGCACAUUGCCGAGCUCGAGGGGCAGAUGGGCGCUUCAGCGUCAAAUGCUGCCGCAGACGCCAAGGUUCAGAGCGACUUGGACGACCUGCAAAAGGAGUAUGACGAGCUCAAGAGCAAGUCGGCCGCUCUGCAAUCGGACUUGGGUGCUGCGCAACAGCUCGCCCAGACUCGGUUCAAGGAUCUGACUGAGCUGCGGGAGGUGCUAGAAAAGGCACAGCCUGAGCUCAAGAGCCUCAGACAAGGGUCGGCCGAGCUGAGGACGGCCAAGGAAGACCUCGCCGCCAAGGUAAAGGAACUCAAAGAGAUGGAGAGGAAGGAAAAGGACCUGAAGCUAGAGGCUUCGCGCGCUCAUCAACUCUGCGCCGAUCGUGACACGGAAAUCAAGGGGCUUCGGGAACGGCUCAAGGCAGAGGGCAUCGCCAAGCAGCAAGCGGACGAGGCCAAGCGCAUCGCAGAGCGCGAGCUGCGGCGCGCCGAGGCCGACAAGGUGGAGCUGAGCGCCAAGGCAGAGAAGGCCGAGAGGGGGCUCCGGCAGAUCCAGGACGAAGUCAACAAGCUGCGACCACGAGUCAAGGAGCUAGAGGAGCAGGCGCACAAGCUGAGGCGGGAGAAGACGGCAUUGCAGGAGGAGGCCGAAUUCAAGGCGCAGCAGUACGCCAACGCUCAGGGCCUGCUGAGCAGCAUGCGCGACCAGACGGCCGAGAUGUCUACGCAGAUGAAGGAGUCCAAGUCGCAGGCCGAGUCGCUCGAGGAGGAGCUGGCGGAAGUGCAACGGCUGCUCCAGGAGCGGACGCGCGAGGGCGAGACGAUGCGGCGGCUGCUGGCAGACGUGGACGAGCGGGCGGACAGCAAGGUGAGGGAGAUGCGCGGGCGGAUGGAGGCGGCGAUUGAAGAGCGGGACAGGAUCGAGGACGAGUCGAGCACGUUGGCCCGGCGGAAGUCGCGGGAGACGGAGGAGCUGAAGCACAAGAUGCGGGAGCUGGAGCGCGAGGUCAAGACGUUGGGCCGCGAGCGAGACGAGCUCGAGGAGGGGCAGCGCGAGUGGAAGCGCCGGAGAGAGGAGCUCGAGGCGGUGGAGAGCAAGGCGGAGGCGGAAACGGAGGAGAUGCGGACGACGGUGUCGCAGCUGCGGUCGGCGCUGGACGCGUCGGAGGAGCAGCUGCGGGACAACGAGAAGCAGCGGGCGGACCUGCGCAAGAUGCUCGACGACGCGCGGCAGCGGUACGAGCGCAUGGCCAAGGAGCUGCGGGCGGCGCAGGCACGGCUGACGGCGAGCCCGAGCCGGACGUCGAUGGAGUCGAACCGCAGCGGCGCGGGGGCAAACGGCGGGGCGGCAGCGGGGGCAUCGGAAACGCUGUACCUCAAGACGAUUCUGCUGCAGUUUCUGGAGCAGAAGGACAGCAGGCUGAGGGCGCAGCUGGUGCCGGUGCUUGGCAAGCUGCUCAAGUUUGAUAAGACGGAAGAGCUGAAGUGGAUCAACGCGGUGCAGCAUAUAGAGGUGCGAUGA